UAGGUGCAGUCCACAUCACUCUUCGAGACCCGCGCAAGCGGAGGGCGACGACGACGACGCCCGAUCGCUGGACGCUGGCUGGCACUGUAGAGACCCGAACUACCGCCGCCACCGGAGGAGCAGGAGCCGGGUUAUACUAGAGAAGAGGGGGCCUGUCUGUGUGGGGAACAACCGCCGCCGCCGCCGCUGCGGAUGGCGAGCUCGAGUGGGAGCAAGCCGGAGCCGGGCUCCCGCCCGCCGUCCCGCUUGCCGGCGAGGAAGAUGUCCAUGGCGCCGCCGAUGAUGGCCGACUUGCCGAACGAGGACACAUCCGCCGUGGACAGCGAGCUGGUGCCCUCUUCACUUGCCGCCAUCGCGCCAAUCCUCCGCGUGGCCAACGAGGUCGAGAAGGAGAACCCGAGGGUCGCGUAUUUGUGUCGCUUUCAUGCAUAUGAGAAGGCUCAUCUGAUGGAUCCAACAUCAGCUGGACGGGGUGUUCGCCAGUUUAAGACUUAUCUCUUACAGAGGCUUGAGAAGGAAGAAGAAGAGACGCAUUUUCAGCUUGCCAGAAAUGAUCCUAGAGAGAUCCAGAUGUAUUACCAGAUGUUCUAUGAAAACAUUAUCAAAGAUGCCCAAUACACCAAAAAGCCGGAAGAAAUGGCAAAGAUAUAUCAGAUUGCUACAGUAUUAUAUGAUGUUCUGACAACCGUGGUGCAUCCCUCAAGGCUACAUGAUCAGACAAAAAGGUAUGCUGAAGAAGUUGAGAGAAAAAGAGAGCAAUUGGUACACUAUAACAUUUUGCCAUUACAUGCAAUUGGGGUUAAACCUGCAAUUAUGGAACUUCCUGAGAUUAAGGCUGCCCUUCAUGCCAUACGCAAUGUGGACAAUCUUCCAAUGCUCCGAGCUCAUCGAGGGCCAAACGUUGAGGAUGAUAACCAGUCCAACACUGAUAUACUUGAUUGGCUUUCAUCUGUUUUUGGGUUCCAGAAAGGAAAUGUGGCAAAUCAGAGGGAGCAUUUAAUUCUUUUACUUGCCAACAUGGAGAUAAGGGAUAGACAGGAGGACAAUUUCACUGAGUUGAAGGAUCAAACUGCUGAGCAGCUGAUGGACAAAAUUCUCAAGAACUAUCGAAUUUGGUGUAAUUAUCUUCAUCUGAAGCAAAAUCUCCGGUUUCCCUCAGAUCGUGACAGACAACAGUUGCAACAGUUGCAACUUAUCUACAUCACGCUCUAUCUUCUAAUAUGGGGUGAAGCUUCAAAUGUUCGAUUUAUGCCUGAAUGUCUCUGCUAUAUCUUUCACAGGAUGGCGAAUGAAGUUUCUGUCAUCUUGGAUGGCAAUGUUGAUCCAGUUAGUGGAGAUACAAAUAAAUCGGCAGCACCCGAUGACGAGUCAUUUUUUAGGGAUGUAAUAACCCCUUUCUACCAGGUCCUUCGCAAGGAAGCUAAGAGAAACAUAGGAGGCAAGGCAAGCCAUUCAAGAUGGAGAAAUUAUGAUGACCUAAACGAGUACUUCUGGUCCGACAAGUGUUUUGAUCUAGGGUGGCCGUUGAAUACGAAAGCUGAUUUCUUUGUGCAACCAGACGAUCCUCCGCCUGCAAAUGCACAUGUCAGUCAGGGUACUACUGGGAAGACGCAACCCAAAACUAAUUUUGUGGAAGUUCGUACCUUUUUGCAACUCUACAGAAGUUUUGAUCGGAUGUGGAUAUUCUUUAUAUUGGCAUAUCAGGCCAUGGUAAUUGUUGCAUGGACUCCAUCCGGGUCUGUCACUGCUCUCUUCCACGAGCAUGUUUUCAGACAAGUUUUGACCAUCUUCAUAACUCAUGCUUUCCUGAACUUUCUGAGGGCAAGUCUGGAUAUAAUUCUAAGUCUAAAUGCCUGUAAAAGCAUGAGACAUUCGCAGAUUCUCCGAUACAUUCUGAAAUUUGUAAUGGCAGCUGUUUGGGUGGUGGUUCUGCCAAUCAGUUACUCUAGUUUAGUGCAGUAUCCAACCGGAGUCCUUAAAUUUUUCAGCACCGGGGGUCGAGAUUGGAGGAACCAGUCAUUCUUCUAUUAUGCCAUUGCAAUUUAUAUGAUUCCAAAUGUCUUAGCUGCUGUACUUUUCUUCGUUCCUUACUUAAGGGCAACCAUGGAGCGUUCUAGUAUCUUCCCUAUUACUGUUCUUAUGUGGUGGGCUCAGCCGAAGCUUUAUGUGGGAAGGGGCAUGCAUGAGGACUUAUUUUCACUGCUGAAGUACACCGUGUUUUGGAUCAUGCUGCUUGUCUGCAAGCUGGCUUUCAGCUACUAUUUUGAGAUUCUGCCACUUGUUGGACAAACACAAUCAAUCUUGGAGAUGCAUCUGGAUAAUUCGCACGAUGUUUUUCCUCAUUUGACACAUAACAUUGGAGUUGUUAUUGCAAUAUGGGCCCCUAUAGUUCUUGUCUAUUUUAUGGAUACACAAAUUUGGUAUGCCAUAUUCUCUAGUCUUUUUGGUGGUAUUCAUGGUGCUUUUAGCCAUUUAGGCGAGAUACGAACGCUAGGGAUGUUGCGGUCCAGAUUUGACACCGUGCCCAAAGCUUUUAGUGAACAUCUUUUGCCAUCAUCAUCAUCAUCAUCAGAUGCUAAGAAAGCCAGGAGGAGGCAACAGGAUGAAUCCAAACUGAGGAAAAAUAUUGCAGACUUUUCAAGAAUGUGGAACAAAUUUAUUCAGACUAUGAGAGAGGAAGACCUAAUUAGCGACAGAGACAGAGAUUUGCUCGUCGUACCAUCUUCUUCAACUGAUGUGUCUGUUGUGCAAUGGCCUCCUUUCUUGCUUGCUAGCAAGAUUCCCAUAGCAUUAGACAUGGCAAAAGAUUUUAAGGGCAAGGAGGAUGAUGACUUGUUUAAGAGCAUAAAGAAUGAUCCUUAUAUGCAUUCAGCAGUGAUUGAAUGUUAUGAGACUCUCCGGGACAUCAUAUAUAACCUCCUGGAAAAUGAAGCUGACAGAGUAAUCGUAAGGGAAAUCUGUUAUGGAGUAGAUAAGAGCAUACAAGAGCGCAGAUUUUUGCAGGAAUUUAAAACAAGUGAAUUGCCUUUGCUCAGUACUAAGUUGGAGAAAUUCUUGACCAUCUUGAUAAGUGAGCAUGACGACCCAACAGUGUACAAAUCCCAGAUAAUCAAUGUCCUCCAAGACAUCAUGGAGAUAAUUACCGAGGAUAUCAUGGAGAAUGGGCAUGAGAUCCUGGAAAAAGCAAAUAUUCCUAUCCCCCACCAUACGAAAAAUGAUAGAAAGGAGCAGGUGUUUGAGAAGAUCAACAUUGGCUUUGUACAACAGAAAAACUACAGAGAAAAGGUCGUUCGGCUCCAUUUUCUUCUAACAGUCAAGGAAUCUGCCAUCAACGUGCCUUCAAACUUGGAAGCUCGUCGACGCAUCACUUUCUUUGCUAAUUCUUUAUUCAUGAAAAUGCCAGGUGCUCCGACAGUACGCAAAAUGCUGCCCUUCAGUGUCUUGACUCCAUACUACAAAGAAGAUGUUCUCUACUCCACCGAAGAUCUUAAAAGGGAAAAUGAGGAUGGAAUCACAACUUUGUUCUACCUGCAGAAGAUGUAUCCAGGUGAGUGGACCAAUUUUAAAGAUCGGAUAAAAGAUCCUAAAUUUGGAAACAUAGAGAAGGACAAGAUGGAACAGGAGACACGUUGGGUCUCUUACAGAGGGCAGACUCUGGCUAGGACAGUGAGAGGGAUGAUGUACUACAGGCAAGCUCUAGAACUUCAAUGCCGUCUUGAAUUAGCUGGAGAUAAUGCUCUAAAUGAUGAGAAUGAGGAGGUAAUCACAGAAUUUGCACAAGCUCUGGCUGAUUUGAAGUUCACCUAUGUUGUCUCUUGCCAAGUUUAUGGGAAUCAAAAGAAGUCCAGUGAUGCUAGAGAGAGAAGCUGUUACAGUAACGUGUUGAACCUCAUGUUGAUGUAUCCUUCUCUACGGGUUGCUUACAUAGACGAAAAAGAGGAGACGGUGAAUGGGAAAUCUCAGAUGUGUUGUUACUCUGUUCUUGUGAAGGGAGGUGAUACACUUGAUGAGGAAAUAUACCGUAUCAAGCUUCCAGGCCCUCCGACGGAAAUUGGUGAAGGGAAACCAGAAAAUCAAAAUCAUGCUAUCAUCUUUACUCGUGGGGAGGCACUGCAGACUAUAGACAUGAAUCAGGAUAACUACUUUGAAGAAGCUUUCAAGAUGAGAAAUGUAUUGGAGGAAUUCCAGAAGGAUUGUCACGGCCAGAGAAAACCUACUAUUUUGGGCCUGCGGGAGCACAUUUUUACCGGAAGUGGAUCAUCACUAGCUUGGUUCAUGUCCAAUCAGCAGGCCAGCUUUGUCACUAUCAGCCAACGAAUCUUGGCAGAUCCCCUAAGGGUCCGUUUCCAUUAUGGCCAUCCUGAUAUAUUUGACAGGAUAUUCCACAUAACACGGGGUGGCAUAAGCAAAGCUUCAAAAAUAAUCAACUCGAGCGAAGAUAUUUUUUCUGGGUUUAAUUCAACUCUCCGUGGGGGAUUUAUAACACAUCAUGAGUAUAUCCAAGUGGGAAAAGGGCGAGAUGUAGGGAUGAACCAGAUAUCCCUUUUUGAGGCGAAGGUUGCAAACGGAAAUGGUGAGCAGACGCUUAGUCGUGACGUUUAUCGGCUCGGGCAGCAAUUUGACUUCUUCAGAAUGCUGUCAUUCUAUUUUACGACUGUUGGUUUCUACUUCAGUAGUAUGGUUACCGUGCUUACGGUGUAUGUUUUCUUGUAUGGACGGUUGUACAUGGUUAUGAGUGGGUUGGAAAGCGAGAUCCUUCAGAAUCCUAGCAUACGUCACACAAAGGCUCUCGAAGAGGCCUUGGCUAGCCAGUCUGUCUUUCAGUUAGGACUGGUACUGAUGCUGCCCAUGCUCAUGGAAACUGGCCUGGAAAAAGGGUUUCGGACUGCCCUCGUUGAUUUUGUCAUUAUGCAGCUGCAGCUCGCUUCCGUGUUUUUCACAUUUCAACUUGGAACGAAGGCUCAUUUUUACGGAAGAACGAUCUUACAUGGACAAUCCAUAUAUGGAGCAAUGGGGCGUGGGUUUGUUGUUUUUCGUGCAAAAUUCAGUGACAAUUACAGGCUUUAUUCACGAAGUCACUUUGUGAAAGGGCUGGAGCUAUUUAUUCUGUUGAUUGUCCAUGAAGUUUAUGGGGAGUCGUACCGCAGUUCAAAUCUCUACUUGUUCAUCACUUUCUCCAUGUGGUUCUUGGUUGCUUCAUGGUUGUUUGCACCAUUCAUAUUCAAUCCAUCUGGUUUUGACUGGCAAAAGACCGUAGAUGAUUGGGCAGACUGGAAGAGGUGGAUGGGUAAUCAUGGUGGAAUUGGGAUACAACCUGAUAAAAGUUGGGAAUCAUGGUGGGAGGAAGAACAGGAACAGUCGAAGAAUACAAACAUAAGGGGAAGAAUCCUUGAGAUAAUACUUGCAUUUCGCUUCUUUAUUUACCAGUAUGGAAUUGUGUACCAUCUUCAAAUAGUUCACCACAGCAAGAGAAUACUGAUUUACGGACUUUCUUGGGCGGUGUUGCUAGCCACUCUGCUAGUUUUAAAGAUGGUAUCCCUCGGAAGACGGAGAUUCUGUGCAGACUUCCCACUCAUGUUUAGGAUCCUGAAAGCACUUCUUUUCCUUGGAUUCGUGUCGGCUAUGACAAUCUUAUCUGUCGUGCGUGGACUCAUUGUAUCUGAUAUAUUUGCUGCUGCCCUUGCGUUUUUACUAACCGGAUGGGCUCUUGUUCUGAUUGGGCAAGCAUCCAGGCCGUUGCUUAAAGGGUUAGGACUCUGGGAUUCGUUGAAGGAGCUGGUGAGGGCGUACGAUUACACAAUGGGGUUAUUGCUGUUCAUGCCAAUCACUGUUCUGUCGUUACUCCCCUUCGUUUCGGAGGUCCAAACCCGCCUCCUCUUCAACCAAGCACUCAGCAGAGGCUUUCAGAUUUCGAUGAUUCUGGCCGGAAGGAAAGAGAAGACAGCAUAAGGCCCCCUCAUUGGGAUGGGAUCUCAGAUAGCUCACGUCCCUCGCUACUGUCUUCAGAUGUGAUUUUCCCCCUCCUUUGUGCUGCAUGAACUUGCACAAGGAGGUCGUUCAUUGUCUAUACUGUCAACUUGACACAUCUUCCUCUUUCCCUGUCAAAUGCUGUAUAAGAUUUUUUGUUCUGCUGAAUUUGAUUUUUGAACUUUGCAAUAUCAAGAAGGUAUGUAUUCUACAUUCUGCUUUUAAUUUUUUUUGUUCUAAUCUGUCUUAUGCAUUGUCGUUGGGUGCAUUAGAUCUUCCG